AUGGCUGAUGAGAUGAGAAGAGACAAAAAUGGCAACUGGGUCGCCCCCAUUCCAUUCCGUUCUAAUAGACCUACUCUUCCAAACAACAGGUCCUACGCACUCAGAAGAGCAAACAUACUGCACACUUCUCUUUCAAAGAAUCCUAAGAAACAAAGCCACUUUAUAUAUUUCAUGGAUCAGAUAAUUAGUAAAGGGCAUGCAGAGGAAGCCCCUCCUGUGAACGAAUCUGAAGAAUGUUGGUACCUGCCCCUGUUCGGUGUUUAUCACCCCAAGAAGCCCGAUCAGAUUAGAGGUGUUUUUGAUGCUUCAAGCAAAUAUCAAAACAUUUCUCUAAAUGACGUCCUACUGCAAGGUCCUGAUCUCAUUAAUAAUCUCGUUGGGGUUCUGUUGCGUUUCAGGAAAGACGAAGUUGCUGUGUCUGCCGAUAUACUACAAAUGUUCUAUAGCUUCCUGGUUGACAAAAAGGAUCGAAACUUCCUGCGUUUCUUUUGGUAUAAAGAGAACGAUCCCACAAAGGAGUUAAUUGAGUACCGUAUGUGUGUCCAUGUCUUUGGAAAUAGACCAUCCCCUUCAAUAGCUAAUCUUGGCCUCCAUAAAACUGCUGAUCUUAGCGAGUACGAGUAUGGUAGUGACGUGCGAUCUUUCAUUUCCAAUGAUUUUUAUGUUGAUGAUGACCUGACCUCAUUACCUACAGCAGAUCAAGCAGCUGACUUGAUGAAACGCACACAAGCAGCCCUGCAGAUUAAUGGUUGUUUACGUUUGCAUAAGAUUGCCUCAGAUAGUGAAGAGGUACUGAAAGCCUUUCCCCAAGAAGAUCUUGCUAAAGAUCUUGCAUCUUUAGACCUCUCUAAAGGUGACCUACCUAUUCAAAGAAGUUUAGGUCUUUCAUGGAACCUGUCUGCAGACAGUUUUACAUACCUGAUACCUGGGUUAGAUAAACCUUUCACUCGGCGUGGUGUACUGUCUGUUAUCAAUAGUCUAUACGAUCCUCUAGGUUUUGUUUCCCCAGUGACUAUUACAGGAAAGGUCUUGCUCAAGACCGUGCUAGCAGAAAAAUGCAGUUGGGAUGAACCGUUACCAGAGAGAUUCCUGUCGGAGUGGAAAGAAUGGACAGAUUCGUUAAAAUCACUGCAGCAGUUAUUGAUUCCAAGGACAUACCUAAACCAAUCACUGAGUCUUACUUCAGACAUUGAGCUUCUCUUGUUCUCUGACGCUUCUGAAAAGGCAAUUGCAUCUGUAGCAUACUUAGUGAGUCGGGAUUCUAUGUCACAAAGGCAGUUAGGUUUUGUUAUGGGCAAGGCUAAGGUGGCGCCCUCCCGUGGACACACCAUUCCGCGUCUUGAACUGUUCGCUGCUGUUCUGUCUGUUGAGAUAUCUGAGUUUAUCCUUGAACACCUAAAUGCUAAGAUACAGAGAGUAAGGUACUUUACUGACAGCAAAGUAGUACUUGGGUACAUUAGCAAUCGCACUAGACGGUUCUACACAUACGUAUCUAACAGGGUUGAACGAAUCUUGAGUUCUUCACAACCCACACAGUGGUUUUACGUGGAAAGUAAGCUAAAUCCAGCUGAUGCAGGCACUCGAGGCAUUUCACCAAGUCACAUGAGUGAAAGCCUUUGGUUAAAGGGGCCCCCUGAGGAAAUAUUUGCCAAAUGGCAGCAGCAACCCAGUUUUAAGAUACAAAACCCCGAAGGAGACAAAGAAGUACGCCCAGAAGUCACUACCAUGGCAACCAAGGCUUUGGAGGAGGAUGUGCCUUUGUUAGCCCCCAAUCGUUUUGAGAGGUUUUCCUCUUUCACCCGACUGGUUAAGGCCGUCAGUAUUCUGCAACACGUUUGCAUGCCAUUCAACAAGUCCUGUAGUUGUGUCGGCUGGCAUCUCUGUUCUGAGGCUUCUGCCAAUCAUAACCUCUCUAAAGCCCAAAAUUUGAUUGUGAAAGUCUUUCAAUUAGACUCGUACAAAGCAGAGAUUCUCAGUCUUCAACAAAAGAAAGCAUUGCCAUCAAAUAGUUCGAUUCUUUCUUUGAACCCGUUCUUGAAUGAAAAUGGAGUGCUUGUGGUCGGUGGGAGACUCAAACACUCUGACCUUCUCAUAGUGGAAAAACACCCAGUCAUUGUGCCUGGUAAGAGUCAUCUAGCGACACUGCUGGUUCGGCAUUUCCAUGAAAAAGUUUUGCAUCAAGGGAGACAUUUUACAGAAGGGGCUAUUAGGGGUUUUGGAUCAUCGGUGGCAAAAAGAAAGUGUCAUCUUGUGUGUUUAGCUGCGUUCAGUGUCGCAGACUCCGCGGUAAAAGACAGAACCAAAUCAUGGCAGAUUUGCCAGCAGAAAGGCUCACACCCGCUCCACCUUUUACCUAUGUUGGAGUAG